UUGAGAAAGCGACAGGCUCGUCCAGCAGCCAUUGAUGCUCUCUAUUUCCAAGAGGACAGACAGGUUAUUUCUUCCAUAUCUGCUGUUUUCUGCGGACUGAAGCCAUGGUGUCUCACUCUCUCGCUCUGCCGAUGAUCUGCUUCACCACGUUAUGGGCGCUGGUGGGGGUCGUGGCUCCGUUUUUAGUGCCCAAAGGACCCAACCGGGGUGUGAUUGUCACCAGUCUCAUCCUCACAGCGGUCUGCUGCUACUUGUUCUGGUUGAUAGCCAUUCUGGCCCAAACCAACCCGCUGUUCGGCCCUCAGCUGAAGAAUGAAACUAUAUGGUAUCUGCGCUACUUCUGGGAGUAAACAAGGACUUUGCGAUGCCUCUCAUCAUUCCUAUCCUGUGGUUGGCUGGACUUUAUUUCAACAUAACCAUUAAACAUGCCCACACACACACACACACACACACACACAAUUUGCAGAAUUUAUGAGACAGCAACUGAAAAGUCAGCGUCAGUUUUCUUUGGAAAUAUUUACAAUUUUGUACAGUACAUGGAGUUUAAGAUUUAGAGUUCAAUAAGACUUGUUGUGGGUUUUAAUACAAGGAGAAUACACUUCACAGUUCAUCUUGUGACCCCAGUACACCACGCAAAGUUUGAAGCUGUGACUUAUUUAAUGGCAGGACGUGUUUGUUUAGUGUGUUACUGAUGAGAAUGAUUUCCAGUGAAACCCUAACAUGAUUUCCUAGGAGUAGAUAUUAAUCUCUGAAAUGUGCAAUCCUUGAGCUACUUUAGUUUGUGUUUGUUUACAUUUUUGGUUUUGCCAUCAGGGAACAUGAAUUUCUCAGUGUUUGUAUUUAUUUGGCCUGCGGGCACUGAUGUAAGCUCGUUGUAAUUACCUCAGUGUCCACAUGGCCUUGUUAUAUAACUGUUAUUAUCUGUGAUGUAAUGGUGUGUGUGUGUGUGCGCGUGUGUGAGUUGAGUGUGUGUGUAUGUGUGUGUGUGAAGAGUUCAUUACUGUAAGUGCUUGGACUGCGGCCAUGAGAAUCUCCCAGAACCGUAAAAAAAAAAAAAGUGAAGAGCGAUUCCCUCCUACUUUAGACCACUUCAGCAUGAAAUUCCCUCCCACAUUCCCCUCGUGCUCCACACCGCGGAGGUCCUCGUUGCCAUGGUGAUCUCAUCGCCCAAUUCAGUCCCUCUCCACUCGACCCCUUUUGAUGAAAUCCUGCCCAUUCUCGCCUGCUUGUGCACAGAUGUGCUGUAGGUUGUACUGUAGGGAUAUGUUUUUUUGGAUUGAAGCUGCUGGUCGACGCUGAUAGAGUUUAACAUUUCAUUCGGCAGCAAAUGCCUUUUGAAACAUUUUUCUUUCGAUUCAGCCGUCAGGCAGUUACACCCAUUCAAACUUCAGCUAAUUAUUCUUUCCAGGUUAGGGGCUGUUUAAGGCAGAGUGAUGCCUCGCUUCUUUUCAGCUGCAGAUGAAAAAAAAAAAAUACAUUUAACAAAAGAAAGUGUCAUUUCAUUGCACAUUUUCAGUAGCUGCAAUCUGUUAGAAAUUCCAUAAAGAACCGUAUCAGUGAUGGAUGCCUCUGACUGGCUGACGUUGGAUGUUAAAUCACUGGCAAACAGUAUGUCAGAUCACAGUGCUGCAAACCCUAGUUUGUAGUUUGUUGAAUCGUUACCUGCAGUUAGAAAACAAAGAAUAGACAAUUUCUCUAAUUUACUGUAGUUGCAGGAGUUGCAGGAAAAAUUCAAAUCCCAAAUACUGUAAAUUAAUUCUCAUAAGAGCAAGACUAUUAUAAUCAUUGUAAUUAAUCAUAAACAUGUGCUGAAUGUACUGUGCUUUAGUUAGCAUGCGUUCACACUACAACCAAGU